AUGCCCUCCGUGGUGGAGAACUUGGCCCUCAUCCUUGGUGGUGCUGUGGCUGGCACAGCCUUGACCAGCGCCUUUGUGGCCCAGGAGCUGAACCCAACACUGACCUGCGUGCUGCCGGUCACGAUCAGGAGCCUGCCACAACUGACUAUCGACCGGAGAGGGUGGACCACUGCGUUGGGGAAGCCCAGUGGCGAUGCGCAGUGGCUUGCUGCUUGGAUGUUCAAUUCCCGAUCUGGGGGUGUAUUUAAAGAAGGAGACCUCCCAAAGACCUCCUCGAAGAAGGAAAACAGACCAAAAGCAUCCAAAAGCCGUGAAAUACACACCCAUUCUGGGCAUUUUGCAGGUGACUCCGAUGGUUUCACACGUUUCAAACAUGCGCCUCAUCGUAUGGUCUGUCUACAAUUUUUCAUCGUGGACAAACUCUCGAGUGACGUCACGCACAUUGACCCUUCUCUUAGUCAGAUGCACGUUUGGUUCCUCAUGCGAAUGAGGAGGCCAGUUUUGGAUGGCAGAGUCAGGACGAGGCCCCCGGGCAUGGAGUUCUGGCAGUGGUGGGGCCAACAUGAUCGCGUUUCCUGCAAUGCAGCAAUUGCCUGCGCAGAGCGCCGGCGCCGGCUUCAAAAUUGUAAAUAG